AGGGCUGCAGUCAGACGGAGUGGAGAUGAAGGGAUGAGCUGUGACAGGAUGAACGGACGCCUGUUAACCACGCCCCUCUUUGCUGGCAACAACUCGUCUGUGAGCGUCGGGUUGCUGACGUGUUUCCAUGACGAUGACAAGUUCAAGUACCGUGCCUACACCUUCACCUACCUGCUGCUGUUUCCCGUGGCGUUUCUCUCCAACAUCGGGGCGUUGGUCAUCUUCUUCCUGCAGAUAAGCCGCAGAAGCGUCGCCUCCUCUGUGGUCAUGAUGAACCUCGCCCUAUCAGACCUCAGCUUCUCCCUCACCCUCCCACUGCGAUUGGCUUAUUACUUCCAGGGCGGCGUCUGGGACUUCCCCGAUUGGCUGUGCCGCCUGUGUGUCUUUGGCUUCUACGUCAACCUGUACACAAG